AUAUACCACGUAUAUGACUUGUCUUGUUCGAAGAAAGGGUUUGACAAUUAUUAUACUGGUGUUUAAGAAGGUAUCAGCCAACGGUUUAUGGCAAUAGGAGCAAGGACGAUGAACCAAGAAGAAGAGAUAAGAAACAAGAAGCAGCAACAAGACGAGGAUGACGAUCAUGAAAACGACAUGGUGAUGCCAGGGUUUCGAUUUCAUCCAACGGAGGAAGAGCUUGUUGAGUUCUACCUUCGCCGUAAGGUAGAGGGCAAGAGAUUCAAUGUUGAGCUUAUCACUUUUCUUGAUCUUUACCGAUACGAUCCGUGGGAACUCCCUGCUUUAGCAGCAAUCGGCGAGAAAGAAUGGUUUUUCUAUGUGCCAAGAGAUAAGAAGUAUCGUAAUGGGGAUCGACCUAACCGUGUGACCACUUCAGGCUACUGGAAGGCCACCGGAGCUGAUAGAAUGAUUAGAACUGAUAAUUCCAGAUCCAUCGGAUUAAAGAAAACCCUUGUUUUUUACUCAGGAAAAGCUCCAAAAGGCAUUCGAAGUAGUUGGAUCAUGAAUGAAUACCGAUUGCCCCAUCAUGAAACAGAAAGAUUACAAAAGGCUGAGAUCUCGCUGUGUAGGGUUUACAAGCGAAGUGGAGUAGAAGACCAUCCAUCUCUCCCUCGUUCUCUCCAAACAAGGAGUACCUCAAGAACCUCAAAUUAUAAUAUCAAUCAGCAAUCCCAGAAUUCUUCGAGUUUCAAUUGUUUUGAAGGCCAAUCUUCUCACCAUACUGAUGAAAAACCCAGUGAUACAAGUAGUUGCACCCCCACCGGCGUUGUUGGCACUGCUCUCGGCCUUUCAAACCCUCUCAACUCCUCAUACCACAAUGUCAUUGCCACCCCCUCUUCAACUAUCUUCCCUAACAGUGUUGAUGAUCUUCCUAGAAUUAUCAGUUCUCAACGAGUUCUUGACACUUGUCCACCCUCUCAACUUCUGAAUAUUCAUAAUUAUCACCUCGGUGAUUCUUCAAACUAUUCUCCGCAUCUCUUUAAUAAUAUGCUGCCUCAACCACAACAACAACAGCAGCCACAGUUGAGCUCACAAGCGCUUCUUGCACUUAGUAAUAACUUGCCUGGAGCUGGAGCUGCUCAUGUGACAUUUCCCGAUAGAAUUUGGGAGUGGAAUUCGAUGUUGAGUGAAGGAAGCAAAGAUUUGACGGCCCCUUUCAAGUAAUUUUGCUCCUAUAUAUGCAUAUAAUUACGGAAGUUGCGUAAUAUGAACUUGACAAAAAGACUUAUUUUGUCAACUACUUUGGUACGUUAUUUCAUGUUUAAGGAUC